GAUCGUCCCUGCAUGACACAAGCGACUUCUUCGACAGUCAGGGGGGAAACGAGGACGAAAUCUCCCUAGACACUGAAGACGAAAUCUCCCCCCAGACAUCAAGUAUUGGGCGCGAUGGCCGUAUCACAAAUCGUCGGCAAUGGUCUCAUGUCUCAAUAUUUUCGAUUGAAUCUUGACGCUGGUGAUGGAAAUUCUCAUGCAAGGAAAAGAAAGUCGCGUCAUUCUUCUUUGAUUUACAUAUAGGAAAGGAUAAUACAUAACGUACGUUUUCGUUUUGUGGGUUUUGAUGUAAAACGUGACAAUGAGAGACCCCAUUAGUAAUGUUUCCAAGCUUUUUGGCUGUCUAGAUGGUGAAUUUGUCUAAAAUGGCGAUAUCGGCGGAGGCUACUCUUGAGACAAGAAAAAUAUGAAAAUGAAACAGAUGUCACUUACAUUUCUGAUCAUGAUAAGAAUAGAUCUUUAAGAUGAUGUUAAAAAGUCCAAGAAGUUUCAAGACAAUUGUUUUUCUUAAUCUGAUAAAUAAACGACAUUUACACUGAUUCCUAGAGUGAUUGUAUAUACAAAAUGAAUUUUAUAAGAUGGACUUGAAGGUGUUGGUAACCCAUAAAUAAUGAGGGAAAGAUAAUCACUCAAUUUUUUAUGAUUAUUAAGACUUCUGUGCGAAAGUAUGGUGACAAAAAGUAUAUUAUCCUGACUUUCAUUUUCCAAGCAUUCAAGAUGGCGAUUUUUCUAAGAUGGCGGAGACUUCUCGAGCUGAUUGUUAGCUAUCAACUUUUGACUUCUGUUAACUCAAGCGACGAAGCCGACCAAGAAGAGCAGCACUUCGUGGUGGUUCCCGAGAGCGUCGAGGUGAACCUCGGGGAAGACGUCGUCCUCAGGUGCGUCGUCAGGAACCAGCAGGGGAGAGUCCAGUGGACGAAGGACGGCUUCGCCCUCGGAUUCGAGAGGGAAGUUCCAGGUUACCCUCGAUACUCCUACCUGGGAGAUCCUGCGAAGGGCGAGCACCACCUGGUGAUCAACGGCACGACCUUGGAGGACGACGGGGAGUACCAGUGCCAAGUGGGACCCACGGGCACGACCAGUGCCCUCUGGGCAGCCGCUAACGUUACCUGUAUGGUGGCUCCGUCGAGCAUCAUCGUCAAGGGGGACAGAGAAGGGAAGACGGUGGAAGGGAUUCAGGGGCAGACCCUCCAGCUCGAGUGCGUCGUCAAGGACGGUCGGCCAGCCCCUUCUGUCGCCUGGUACAGGAACGGAGUCUUGCUCGAUCAAGAGCUGCACACGGAGAGGCUCGAGACCUCACCCAACGGGCGCAGCUGGAGCGUCAUCAGUCACCUGUUCAUCACGCCUGAAGCCGAGGACGACGGCCAGCAGUUCACCUGCAGGGCAUGCAUCCCUCCCUCACCAACUCCCCGACGCCUUUGGUUGCCUCCAUCGCCCUUUCUGUCCUGCACCCGCCAAAACCCCCGGUCAUCAGCGGGUACUUCCCCGGAGGUAUCCUUAGAGCUGGGGACCUCGUCACACUCGCCUGCCAGUCUCCCGGGGGCAAUCCUACUCCGGAACUCACCUGGUACAAGAACGGCCAGCUCCUGAAGCCUCAGAAUUUCACCUCGGGAGACGACGAGGGAAAACACGAGGAAGGGAAACUCAGUCUGGUCAUCAAGGUGAGACCAGAAGACGACAAGGCUGUUUACGAGUGUCAGGCUGUCAACGAAAUGGCCGAGGAGCCUGUGAGUGCCAAC